AUGUUACAGAGCGGAGAGAGUGAGGAGGCUGCGUCUGGCUCCCGCUCUCACAGCCAUUGCAGUGCAUUGAGCUCCAUAGAGACAGCGCCGGGGCAAGUGCGAGCCGGCCGGGCACGGGGUGACUGUGUGCUCGCCGAGGGAAAGUAAUUAAACAUGGGCAAAGGAGAUCCCAAGAAGCCGAGAGGCAAAAUGUCAUCCUAUGCUUUCUUUGUGCAAACUUGCCGGGAGGAACACAAGAAGAAGCACCCGGAUGCUUCAGUCAACUUCUCAGAGUUUUCUAAGAAGUGCUCAGAGAGGUGGAAGACCAUGUCUGCUAAGGAGAAAGGAAAAUUUGAAGACAUGGCAAAGGCGGACAAGGCUCGUUAUGAGAGAGAAAUGAAAACUUAUAUUCCUCCUAAAGGGGAAACAAAAAAGAAAUUCAAGGAUCCCAAUGCACCCAAGAGGCCUCCUUCGGCCUUUUUCUUGUUCUGUUCUGAGUAUCGCCCAAAAAUCAAAGGAGAACAUCCUGGCCUAUCCAUUGGUGAUGUUGCAAAGAAGCUGGGAGAGAUGUGGAAUAACACUGCUGCAGAUGACAAGCAGCCUUAUGAAAAGAAGGCUGCUAAGCUGAAGGAGAAAUAUGAAAAGGAUAUUGCUGCCUACCGGGCUAAAGGAAAGCCUGAUGCUGCCAAAAAGGGAGUUGUCAAGGCUGAAAAAAGCAAGAAAAAGAAGGAAGAGGAAGAAGACGAGGAAGAUGAUGAUGAGGAAGAGGAGGAGGAAGAUGAAGAAGACGAAGAAGAAGAUGAUGAUGAUGAAUAAGUUGAUUCUAGCGCAGGUUUUUUUUCUUGUCUAUAAAGCAUUUAACCCCCCUGUACACAACUCACUCCUUUUAAAGAAAAAAAUUGAAAUGUAAGGCUGUGUAAGAUUUGUUUUUAAACUGUACAGUGUCUUUUUUUGUAUAGUUAACACACUACCGAAUGUGUCUUUAGAUAGCCCUGUCCUGGUGGUAUUUUCAAUAGCCACUAACCUUGCCUGGUACAGUAUGGGGGUUGUAAAUUGGCAUGGAAAUUUAAAGCAGGUUCUUGUUGGUGCACAGCACAAAUUAGUUAUAUAUGGGGAUGGUAGGUUUUUCAUCUUCAGUUGUCUCUGAUGCAGCUUAUACGAAAUAAUUGUUGUUCUGUUAACUGAAUACCACUCUGUAAUUGCAAAAAAAAAAAAAGUUGCAGCUGUUUUGUUGACAUUCUGAAUGCUUCUAAGUAAAUACAAUUUUUUUUAUUAGUAUUGUUGUCCUUUUCAUAGGUCUGACAUUUUUCUUGAGGGGAAGCUAGUCUUGCUUUUGCCCAUUUUGGAUCAUAUAAUUACAGUGUUUUAUCUUUUCAUAUAGUUAGCUGAUAAAAAGCUUUUGUCUACACACCCUGCAGAAUUGUGGUGAGGGUAAUGAGAAUUGAAUUGAGAUAGUUUUCAUCCAUAACAAACUCAAAGUAUUGGUCAGUUGAUAAUUUUCACAUAGCCCAGUUACAUUUACCAAGUAAAAAGUAACUGCUAUUCACAGCAUGGGAUUAUUAGAAUCAAACAUUUGAAAGUCUGUCCUUGAAGGACUAAUAGAAAAGUAUGUUCUAAUCUUUACAUGAGGACUUGACAUUUUUUAAACUUCCAUUACCAUGUAAUGGCAGUUAUGUUUGCAGUUCCCACAUUAAAGAAGGCCUGAGAAUGUACCCCCCAAAAGCGUGAGCUUAAAAUACAAGACUGUGGUAUGAAGUUUUUUGUUGACAUUAGUCCUGGCAAAGGCUCUGAAGAAAAAAAAAAAAGUGCUGACUGUAAAUGUCUUAUUUAUCUAAAUAUGGAUUGCUUAGGAAACCUGAGACUCCAUUAAAAGUAUUUUUAAUUAAUUGGACCAACCUUUAAAAUUGUAUACCACAUUU